AUGGAUAUAACACAAAGUAAUAGCAAUCAAAAAGAAUCAGAAAAUGAAUCGUAUAACACAAUCACAACCCCCAAUGAACUUUCUUUAAACCAAAUCUCAGGAACACCUACACAUUCAACCACAAACAGCACAAUUGACAAAA